AUGGAGCCAAGCCUUUUGGACCACAGCAUGCAUCCUUCCUCCAGCAGCACCUACCCAGAGGACAGGACAGAGCAUCCUCCCUCCUUUCUACACAACAACAUAUACAAGUCCUCCUCCCCUCAGUCCUCCUCUCAGUCAAGCGGUGGAUCCCUUAUCUCUACACUCCUACAGACAACCAUAGAGAGUAAAAGAUCCCUGCAGGAGAGCACCUCUACAUAUUACCCCCAAGACACUCCCAUGUCCAGCUCUGACUCGACGAGCCCUAGCCAGGUGGACCACCACAGCAGCAUUUCAUCCAAGAGCAGCAGCGCCACCAUGGAGCCUCUGUCUCCAGCCAGCCUGGCAUCCACCGGGGCCAGCCCCACUAGAUUCAGCCCCAACGGGGCCGGGUUGACCCAGGACUGGACGCUGGAGCUAGGGGACAGACACCGGGCGAAGCGUGCCAGAGUGGAGAACAUCAUCAGAGGCAUGGCAGGCUCUCCUCUCAGUGUUUAUUUCACAGGUGAAGGGUUUGGUGAAGGGGAGACCACUCCAACCGGUCACCAUCAGAGUGAGAUGUUGGAUAACAAGCAGGAGAACAAGAGGAAACAGAGGGUGCCGCAGCACCAGGACCUCCAGAGGACAGGGGGCGCUAGCGGGAAGAGUACAGAGGAGGGACAUACACUGAGGAAGCAGCUUCAGACCAUGCAGAGGCUCCUGGGUCAACUCCAGGCAAGGUUCAUUCAGGUCUACGAGAACCAGACUAAUGAGUCUGAAGAGGAUGUCAGUGAGGAGACAGGUUCAACGGAGGACCACCAUAGCACUUGGAACAAAGGAUAUCCGGAGACAGAGACAUCUCCUGGUGAGGUGUUCUUGGACCCUUACAGUGAGUUUAACAACAAGACGCCUUUAGAUAGAGGUCAUCUGGGAUGGAAGAAUGACAAGAUAACUGACUACCUCCACUCAAACCCAGACAACGAAGACAAACUCCUAGCAGACAUUCUCAAGUAUGAACUCAUCAGAGCUGUAAACUCGAGCGUUGACUCCAUUUUCAAAAACAUAUCACAUACUUUAGUCAAGUCACCACAGCUACACGUCGAGGAUGGGGGAAUGGUGGAAACAGACGAUGAGACCAUGUUCCUCAGCUCUCGCGAGCCAGCGUCAACGUCCACCCAUGUAGACAGCAUGUCACGGCUCCCCCCGUGUUCUGAGAGUGGUAUGGCCCAACAACUACAAGAGAUUCAAACCGAGGCUCUAUCUCUGGUUGUUCAAAAGCCUGCUUCAAUAACUCGCCCAUGUUCUCUAAACCUAACUGUGAAAAGGCCUCUCCAUUUCCACCAGCCUCCAUUCCUAUACAACCACCCCACUGCCCUACAGGAAGACCACCAAGUACUGGACAACCUCAAACACAACAGCUACCAUCAAGAUACCUUCGGAGGGCUCCAGUGUAGACCCACUACCAUGGGUCUGUCCAACCCAGAGAUGGUUGACUUACCGUGGGAUCCGGUCAUAGUGAGGUCCAAGGUGACCUCCAGGCCACCCAGGAGUCCUCAGGCCACAGGGCAUCAUGUGCUUCUGGACAGUCUCAGUCUCCCUCACGUCAAGAUGGACAGUGGUAGCUUCCAGAGGAUGGUGAAGAGGACCUCGUAUGUGCUGAAUGUAUCCUUUACAAGAGUGUUAUAUUUAUUUUAAAUUAAGGUGUUUUUCCACUUGAUUCAGACAGUAAGGAAAUUAGGUGGGGUGACAGGCAAGUGGGAGAAACAGUGGGAAAGAAGUUUAACUAUAUAAUUCUACUAUAUACUUUACAUUGAGUUAGUCAGUGAAUCUGUAAUAUUAGAGUUAGUCAGUGAAUCUGUAAUAUUAGAGUUAGUCAGUGAAUCAGUAAUAUUAGAGUUAGUCAGUGAAUCAGUAAUUUAUUAACCCUUAUUUUACCAGGUAAGAUGACUGAGAACAUAUUCUCUUUUACAGUAACAACCUGGGAAAGAGUUACAGGGGAAAGAGAGGGGAUGAAUGAGACAACUGGAAGCUGGGCAUGAUUAGGUGGCCAUGAUGGUAUGAGGGCCAGAUUGGGAAUUUAGUCAGGACACCGGGUUUAACACCCCUACUCUUAAGGGAUGGAUCGAAAUGUACAGAAUGGUUACCUGGAGGAAAAUGGAGAGGGUCAUGCUUUUCCAAUUUCAGUCAAGGGGAGGGUUUAGUUUUUUUUUUAAAUGUAGUCCAGGGGAGGGUCAUGUAAUUUCUAAUUGAUGAAUACAUUUCUCAGUGUUUUAGAAUUAGUUGCUUAUUAGUCUAUAUAUCGAUGGGGUCCCGAUGCCACCCCUCAUAUCUCUUAUUUUAAGCGUUCAGGGAGGGUUUAGGUAAAAUAUGUUUUGCUGAAGGGAAGGACAUCCAUUUUCAUUUCACGGAGGUCCGAUUUUCUCCCUGUGACCCUUAUUAUAUAAACAACGUUCACUCCCUAAGUGCAAUUGGAUCUGUAGUGACCACAGAGUCAGGACACCCGUUUUAACAUCCCAUCUGAAAGACGGCACCCUGCGCAGGGCAUUGUCCCCCUUCACUGCCCUGGGGCAUUGGGAUCUCCUUAGACCAGAAGGAAGACUGGCCUCUACUGGCCCUCCAACACCACUUCCAGCAGCAUCUGGUCCCCCAUCCAGGGACCAACCCAGUGGGAUGCAGGGUGGUAUGCUGCUGGAAUAGAAUAUGAGAGUUAGGCAGUGAAUCUGUAAUAUUAGAUUUAGGCAGUGAAUCUGUAAUAUUAGAGUUAGUCAGUGAAUCUGUAAUAUUAGAGUUAGUCAGUGAAUCUGUAAUAUUAGAUUUAGGCAGUGAAUCUGUAAUAUUAGAUUUAGGCAGUGAAUCUGUAAUAUUAGAGUUAGUCAGUGAAUCUGUAAUAUUAGAGUUAGUCAGUGAAUCUGUAAUAUUAGAGUUAGUCAGUGAAUCUGUAAUAUUAGAUUUAGGCAGUGAAUCUGUAAUAUUAGAUUUAGGCAGUGAAUCUGUAAUAUUAGAGUUAGUCAGUGAAUCUGUAAUAUUAGAGUUAGUCAGUGAAUCUGUAAUAUUAGAGUUAGUCAGUGAAUCUGUAAUAUUAGAUUUAGGCAGUGAAUCUGUAAUAUUAGAUUUAGGCAGUGAAUCUGUAAUAUUAGAGUUAGUCAGUGAAUCUGUAAUAUUAGAGUUAGUCAGUGAAUCUGUAAUAUUAGAGUUAGUCAGUGAAUCUGUAAUAUUAGAUUUAGGCAGUGAAUCUGUAAUAUUAGAUUUAGGCAGUGAAUCUGUAAUAUUAGAGUUAGUCAGUGAAUCUGUAAUAUUAGAGUUAGUCAGUGAAUCUGUAAUAUUAGAGUUAGUCAGUGAAUCUGUAAUAUUAGAGUUAGUCAGUGAAUCUGUAAUAUUAGAGUUAGGCAGUGAAUCUGUAAUAUUAGAGUUAGUCAGUGAAUCUGUAAUAUGAGUGUUAUAGGUUGUGGUCAAGCACAAACUGUGUUUUUCAAAUGCCUGGCAUCUCCAUCAAAUGAUAGAUUCUUUGGUUGGCUUUCUUUAGUGAGGCAAUUGGCUUCAGAUAUGGCACAAGUCAUAUCAAUAAUACUGUGUCUAAGAAAGCUUCUGCCUGUCUUUGAGGUUUAGGUAAGUCUCUCAUAAUAAUAUCCUUCAUCUGCCCACAAGGAUAGUCCAUAAACCAACAUCUAUUAUGUUUCUUUCCAAUGUUCUUCUCUCUUUCCAGGAAAACAAUAUCUAUGAGGCUUGGGUUAGCAUUAGUAGCUGUGGUAGGAUGCACUUCAAGGUUAAUUUCCCCUUUGAUCUUGUGAUCUCUACUCCUAAGGAAAUUGCUUCUACUAUCCGAGUGUAGUCUAAUGAUUCAGGAACAGAGAAAAACAUUGAUGUAAAAGAAUACCGGUCUUAAGAAUUGUUUUCAAAGGAAGUCUGUGCUCACGGUAAUAAUGAAGUUUAGCAAUGUAGUGAAAACCUAUUUUGUGAUGAAAACAAGCAAAGGGUACAGGACAUGAUUGACUCUAGGAAUAAAAUAUACUUUCAUCCAUUAAUAUUCUGAUGUAUGCAUGGUUUGAGUACAUGGCGUUAGCUCCAUAACCAGAGCUGUAGGAGGGUCUGACCACGCAGCACCUGAAGAAAGCCAAGUUGAUGUUCUUCUACGCCCGCUACCCUAGUUCUAACGUGCUCAAAACUUUUUUCCCCGAUGUCCAGGUAAUAAUGAAUGUCCAGGUAUAAAAAAAAAAAAUCUCUUGUUAAUGGAUGACCUUUCCUAUGGCGUGUUCUACUGGUAGAGUGAAUGCCUGAAUGGGCAAACCAACGUUGAGAUAAAAUUCCCUAAUUGAAAAAUCAUCACUGAACACAUAACUGUGGGCAAUUUGCUUUAUUCAAAUAGUUCAUACACGAUUUAUUGACAUAGACAGUCGAAACAGUGGAUUGACCAACACACGCACACACUAAAAUCAACUAAAUAGAACGUAAACUACAUCAGGUAAAAUUAAAUAACAAAAAAGCAUCAACCCAGACAUUACUUCAAAUAACUUAAGAAUGUACUUACCCAAACCGAUUUGUUUUAUUUGUGUUCCCAUACAGCUCACUCGCUGUAUCACCUCCCAGCUGAUUAAAUGGUUCAGCAACUUCAGAGAGUUCUACUAUAUUCAGAUGGAGAAGUUUGCCCGUCAGUCCCGAGUGGAGGGGGUGAACAGUGUGAGGGAUUUAACAGUGGGCAGAGACUCGGAGCUCUUCAGAGCCCUCAACACGCACUACAACAAGGCCAAUGACUUUCAGGUAGGCUGAAACAUCUCGCUCAUGCACUCAAAUAAGAGUCUCGCCCGUGUAGUCAUUUAGCCUCAUAUGACCUUCCUGAUCUAGCGAGCUCACAUUGGGUUUUGCUAAGUGGGAUUUACACCGAUUUAAUCUGUGUAACGAAACAGAAGGUGAGAUCGUGAGAUCAGGAUGGUUGUAAGAGGCUAGCAUUCAUUGUGCUGAUCAUUUCUUCACGUCUCUCAUGUAUUUUUAUGACACAUGUCUUCACCAUUACGUCUUCAGUGUGCUCAGGCGGAUUCCUGUACAGACAGUCAAUCUGUUCAAAGUAUAAAAUGGUAUGAUUAAUACAUUGUUUAUGGGUGGUUGGCGUGUACAACAGGUAUGUUAGUGGAAGUAUACAUGUACAACAGCUACACUAUAUAUAGCGCAGUAUGUGGACACCCCUUCAAAUUAGUGGAUUCGGCUAUUUCAGCCACACCCGUUGCUGACAGGUGUAUAACAUCGAGCACACAGCCGUGCAAUCUCCAUAGACAAACAUUGGCAGUAGAAUGGCCUCACUGAAGAACUCAGUGACUUUCAACGUGGCACUGUCAUAGGGAUGCCACCUUUCCAACAAGUCAGUUUGUAAAAUUUCUGUCCUGCCAGAGCUGCCCCGGUCAACUGUAAGUGCUGUUAUUGUGAAGUGGAAACGUCUAGGAGCAACAACGGCUCAGCCACGAAGUGGUAGGCCACACAAGCUCACAGAACGAGACCGUUGAGUGCUGAAGAGCGUAAAGAUCGUCUGUCCUCGGUUGCAACACUCACUACCAAGUUCCAAACUGCCUCUGGAAGCAACUUCAGCACUAGAACUAUUCGUCGGGAGCUUCAUGAAAUUAGUUUCCAUGGCCGAGCAGCCGCACACAAGCCUAAGAUCACCAUGCGCAAUGCCAAGCGUCGGCUGGAGUGAUGUAAAGCUCGCCGCCAUUGGACUCUGGAGCAGUGGAAAUGCGUUCUCUGGAGUGAUGAAUCACGCUUCACCAUAUGACAGUCCGAUGGACAAAUCUGGGUUUGGCAGAUGCCAGGAGAACGCUACCUGCCCGAAUGCAUAGUGCCAACUGUAAAGUUUAGGUGGAGGAGGGAUAAUGGUCUGGGGCUGUUUUUCAUGGUUCGGGCUAGGCCCCUUAGUUUCAGUGAAGGGAAAUCGUAACGCUACAGCAUACAAUGACAUUUUAGACGAUUCUGUGCUUCCAACUUUGUGGCAACAGUCUGGGGAAGGCCCUUUCCUGUUCAAUUCACCCCCGUGCACAAAGCAAGGUCCAUACAGAAAUGGUUUAUCGAGAUCGGUGUGGAAGAACUUGACUGGCCUGCACAGAGCCCUGACGUCAACCCCGUCGAACACCUUUGGGAUGAAUUGGUAUGAAUUCCCUACAGGUUAUAGAAAAGAGCAGAAGCUAUGAACCUAGCCGGUCAGACCCCAGUCCUACUUAGUUUUGGACAAUUUGCUCUUUUAGUAGUUGUCAAGUAGGUUUCCUCGAGGAGAACGCCCCAGAAAGAGGAGAAAGCCCCAGAAAGAGGAGAAAGCCCCAAAAAGACAAUAAAAAAAGAUACAACAAAAAUACCACAGUAAGUACUAGUCUACUGCAGUAACAAAAAUACUAAAGUAAAUACUACAUUAUACUAGUCAUAUCCACAAAAACACUAGAGUAAAUACUACAGUAUUCACUGUAGUGUUUUUGCGCAAACAGUGCAAAAACAGUGAAUACUAUAGUAUAUAAAAUAUAGUAAUACUACUACAGUAUACCAUAGUAUUUUCUGCAAAUGCAUCAUUCUUUCGACACCAAACCCACCACUGGUGUGCGUGGCCAAAGAGCUCUAUUUUCAUCUGACAAUAACACCGGUUCCAAUCCAAGUUCCAAUGCCGUUUAGCAAACUCCAGACAUUUUUACAUUUGUUGGAUGAUAUUAAAAGAGCUCUUUGGCCACUAGUGAUUGGCUUGGCAGUGAUAGAAUGAUUCAGAAAUAACCUCAGAUUUGAUGGUGGAUCUUUGAUGUUACGGGGCUAUUUUGCUUCCACUGGUCCUGGGGCCUUUGUUAAGGUCAACAGCAUCAUGAACUUUAUCCAGUACCAGGACAUUUUAGCCAAAAACAUGGUUGCCUCUGCCAGAAGACUGAAACUUGGCCGCAACUGGAUCUUCCAGCAAGACAACAACUCCAAGCACACAUCAAAAUCCACAAAUAAAUUGUUAAUUGACCACAAAAAUCAACAUUUUGCAACGACCAUCUCAGUCUCUGGACUUGAACCCCAUUGAAAACCGGUGGUUUGAAUCAAAGAGGACAGUCCAUGAGCGCAGAUGAAGAAUAUCAAGGGUCUGGAAAGAUUCUGUAUGUAGGAAUGGUCUAAGAUCCGUUAAAAUGUGUUCUUCAAUCUCAUAAAACCUUGUAGAAAAAGGCUCAGUGACGUUCUUCUCAAGGUGAGGUAUUGAAAACAGGGGUGCCAAUAUUGACCCCUAUCUUUUUUUCAGAAUUUGCCAUAUUACUUUUUAAACAAAAAUCUCUUUCUCUGAGCAAUUGCAUUAGCAUAGAAAAAUAUUUCCCAAUUUUCCUUGCACAUAAUCGCCCAGUAUUUGUAUGAUUUAUUCGACAGGUCUUUUCUUGCUCGUCUUUAUCUAGGGCGCCAAUCAUUUUGGCCCUGAUGUCCAACCCCUUCAGAGGGGUGGUGUUGGAGGGUUCAUUACUUUUUGUUGUUGUUACUUAUUCUGUCAGAUGUCUUGCUUUGCUAAAGCUGCUUGGAGACUAGAAUAGUUUCAGUCCAUCAACAGAGAUGGAAAUGUUUAUUCUGCUCUCUUCCCAACUCCCCUGGACGCCACACACACACACACACACACCACUAACAUUUUGUCUGAAACAAAAAGCACUCCUAUUUCCUAUUUCAGCGGUACAAAUGCCUUGCUCAAGGGUACAACGGGCAGGAGAUUUGAAACCAGUUGCAAGUUUCUCGCUUCUUUGCCCUGGGCCCUGGAUUCAAACAAGCCUGCUGCCAGCCUGCUUACUUACCAAAAAAGCAUUGUGAUCUCCUCCCUCAGGCCACUGAGCACAUGGCACUACAGGUUAUUCAGAACAACAGAUGGUGCCAAAGGAUCCACAGAAAGGAAUACAUUUUCCCGCUGAGGAAAAAUCCAUUUGUUUUGGCAUAAAAAAAGCAUGUACAACUUACCUCGCCAUCAACACGUCUGCCAAAAGUGACAGAAUUACUUUGUUUAUCAGAACAUUUUCUAUAUCAUAUUCAGUUGUCAUCCUACAGUACCUAUACAGGUUAGAGCUAUAAUGUUGAUCUCAUGGAUGGUCAGUUCUUGCAUCCACAGUUCUGUCUAUACAUUUGCCAAUGGUUACAUUUCCAGCCCCAUCAGCUUUUUCUUUUUUAACCAAAAUUGUGUCGGCUUUGUUUGAAUUGCAGAUUGCCCUUUUGAAAUCUAACUGAUCGUGCCUUUCAUCCACAGGUCCCUGACAGGUUUCUUGAGGUGGCUGAGAUCACACUACAGGAGUUUUACAUUGCCAUCUCUCUGGCCAGAGACUCAGACCCAUCCUGGAAGAAAGCCAUCUAUAAGGUCAUCUGUAAACUGGACAGUGACGUACCGGCUGAAUUCAAAGCCCACCUCGCAACAUAG